AUGAAAGGGCUUAGCUCAGAAUUGACUUCAUCAGAAAUACAUGACGAGAACAAUUCACUUAGACCGAGGGGACAAAUUAGAAUCUUCUGCACAAUCUUGCGGAAAUGUCAUCAUCAUUAUAACAACGAGAUGAAGAUGCCUCCGCAAGAAUGCAUAGUGGUGAACAAAGACGCAACGUUGAGUGAAGUGUAUGGAGAGGCGGAGAGAGUGUUUAGAGAGAUCUAUUGGGAACUUAGAGACGUGGUGGUGGAGUCAAUGGCGGAUGGUCAAAGGGAGAUCACCACAGGGGUCGAUGAAAUGGCCUUGAAUGGGAAUAAAGAAUUGUUAUUAGAAGGGAAUGUGGGAAUGAUGAUGGACAUUGAAGUGAUGAAGUGCUAUGAUGAUGAGUAUAAGAAGAAGGAUAAGAGGAUCGAGUGUGAGUGUGGAGCAAAAGAAGAAGAUGGAGAGAGGAUGGUGUGUUGUGUGAUAUUUGUGAAGUAUGGCAACACACAAGAGGAGCCGUUGCUGUGUGUAUACAUUUCCAAUAGUCUCAUCAUCAUGACGACAUUGAUGUCUUCCGACAUAAUGAUUCUCUUCUACGGCUCUGGGAGUCUGAAGCAUCCUUUCCCGGGUUGA